AUGAUGGCGCGGACGGACCGCCACUGCCGCUACUUACUGCGGCAGAUCACGGCGCGCACGCUCCUCUACAGCGAGAUGAUCCAUGCCGAGGCGGUGCUGCGGGGCGAUCGUCACCGGCUGCUGGCCUUCGACGAGGCGGAGCAUCCUGUGGGCCUCCAGCUCGGCGGCGCGGAGCCCGACGCGCUGGCCCGCGCGGCGGAGGUAGGCCAGGUUUUCGGCUACGACGAGAUCAAUCUCAAUAUCGGCUGCCCGAGCCCCCGUGUCCGCGCCGGCCGCUUCGGCGCCGCUCUCAUGGAGGCGCCGGAUCUGGUGGCGGACUGUGCGCGCGCGAUGAUCCGAGCGGUCGAUGUUCCCGUCACGGUCAAGUGCCGCAUCGGUAUCGACGGCCGGGGCGCCUAUGAGGACCUGAAGGCCUUCGUCGAAACGGUCGCCGCCGCCGGCGUGAAGAGCUUGGCCGUGCAUGCGCGGAUCGCGGUGCUGGACGGCCUGAGCCCGGCCGAGAACCGGGAGAUCCCGCCGCUCCGCUACGACGUGGUCCGCCGCUUGAAGCGGGACCUGCCGACGCUGGAGGUGGUCAUCAACGGCGGUGUCGCCAGCCUCGACGAAGCGAAGGCGCACCUCGACGCGGUCGACGGCGCCAUGAUCGGGCGCGCGGCCUACGCCGACCCCGCCAUGCUGCGUGCCGCCGAUCGGUGCAUCUUCGGCGCGCCGGCGCGGGCCAUGCCGAGCCGGCACGACAUCGCCCGAGCCAUGCUGCCCUAUGUGCGCCGGACCUGCGCGGAUGGCGUGCCGCUCCACCACAUCACCCGGCAUAUGCUCGGGCUCUACGCAGGCCGGCCCGGCGGGCGCGCUUGGCGGCGCGCUCUCGGCGGGGGCGGCCAUCGCCCCCGCGCCGGUGCCGAGGUCAUCGAAGAGGCGCUCGCGCUGGUGCCGGAGCGGGACUCAGCCGAUGAGGUCCCGCCCCGCGAUGCCGGGCGGCCGAACGCGGGCCGAGGCAGCGGCUUCGCUCCCCCGCCGGCACGGGAAUCCCCUUCCAUCAACUCUCCCGCCCGCUAA